GCCUCCCCCGGCGGCGCCGCCCGCCCCGGGCUGCCGCAGCGCCGCGAUGGAGACGGCGGAGAAGGAGUGCGGAGCCCUCGGCGGCCUCUUCCAAGCCAUCAUCAACGACAUGAAGAGCUCCUACCCCAUAUGGGAGGAUUUCAACUCGAAGGCCACCAAGCUGCACUCCCAGCUCAGGACCACGGUGCUGGCCGCAGUUGCCUUCCUGGAUGCCUUCCAGAAAGUGGCUGACAUGGCCACCAACACCCGAGGUGCCACGAGGGACAUCGGCUCGGCGCUGACCCGCAUGUGCAUGCGGCACCGCAGCAUCGAGGCCAAGCUCCGCCAGUUCACCAACGCCCUCAUGGAGAGCCUGAUAAACCCUUUGCAGGACAGGAUUGAGGACUGGAAGAAAACUGCCAACCAGCUGGACAAGGACCAUGCGAAAGAGUACAAGCGAGCACGCCACGAGAUCAAGAAAAAGUCCUCUGACACCCUCAAGCUCCAGAAAAAGGCUCGCAAAGGGAAGGGGGACCUGCAGCCCCAGCUGGACAACGCGCUGCAGGACGUCAAUGACAUGUACCUGCUGCUGGAGGAGACGGAGAAGCAGGCGGUCCGCAAAGCCCUCAUCGAGGAGCGGGGCCGCUUCUGCACCUUCAUCACCUUCCUGCAGCCCGUGGUGAACGGGGAGCUGACCAUGCUGGGUGAGAUCACCCACCUGCAGGGCAUCAUCGAGGACCUGGUGGUGCUCACCGCUGAGCCCCACAAGUUGCCCCCCGCCAGUGAGCAGGUGAUCAAGGACCUGAAGGGCUCUGACUACAGCUGGUCCUACCAGACGCCCCCGUCGUCACCCAGCAGCUCCAGCUCCCGCAAGUCCAGCAUGUGCAGCAGCGUUAGCAGUGCCAAGGGUGGCAUGGCGUGGCCCGGCGGGGCUCAGACCUGCUCACCCAGUUCCACCUAUCGCUACCGCAGCCUGGCGCAGCCCCCCGCCGCCGCCACCCGCCUCUCCAGCGUCUCCUCCCACGACUCCGGCUUCAUCUCCCAGGACGCCGCUUAUUCCAAACCGCCUUCCCCCAUGCCCUCGGACAUCACCAGCCAGCAGAAGUCCUCCAGCUCGGCGUCCUCAGAGGCAUCCGAAACCUGCCAGUCAGUUAGCGAGUGCAGCUCCCCCACCUCGGACUGGUCCAAGGCCAGCCCCUAUGACCAGCCGGUGGUCCCUACCCUGCAGCGGCGCAAGGACCGCGUGGAGCACCUGCGGGAAGCCGAGAUGGGCUCUCCCGCUGGGGGAUACCCAGGCGUCGGCGCCGAGGAGGCUCCCAGGCCCCGGAUGUCGCCGGCUACAAUUGCCGCCAAGCAUGGGGAGGAGGUGUCCCCUGCCGCCAGCGACCUGGCCAUGGUCUUGACCCGUGGGCUGAGCUUGGAGCACCAGAAGAGCAGCCGGGACUCGCUGCAGUACUCCAGUGGCUACAGCACGCAGACCACCACCCCCUCCUGCUCUGAGGACACCAUCCCUUCCCAAGGCUCCGACUACGACUGCUACUCGGUGAACGGUGACGUGGAGUGUGACCCCCAGAGCGAUUUCGACAAGUCUUCCACCAUCCCACGCAACAGCAACAUCGCCCAGAACUACCGGCGGAUGAUCCAGACCAAGCGUCCCGCCUCCACCGCCGGGCUGCCCACGGGCACCAACCUCCCGGCCGGCACCACCCCGGGGGUGGCCACCAUCCGCCGCACGCCCUCCACCAAGCCCUCGGUCCGCCGUACGCUCUCCAACGCUGGCCCCAUCCCCAUCCGACCCCCCAUCGUCCCCGUGAAGACCCCCACAGUGCCCGACUCCCCCGGCUACGCCGGCCCUACGCGGGUGGGCAGCGAAGAGUGCGUCUUCUACGCCGACGACGCCUCCCCGAACCCCCUGGAUUUUGCCAAAGCUUCGCCCAAGCGGCUGAGCCUUCCCAACACUGCCUGGGGUGGCGGUGCCAUGGAGAUCUCUGUCUACCCUGGGGCCAGCCAGCACCUCUCCGCCGAGGAAGAGGAGGACCAACAGUUGGCUGCCAACCGGCAUAGUUUGGUGGAGAAGAUUGGGGAGCUGGUGGCCGGCGCCCACGCCCUGGGGGAAGGCCAGUUCCCCUUCCCCACCGCCCUCGUGGGCUCCGGCCCCGGCGAGGAGACGCCCGCGCCGCCCCCGGCCGCCUCCAUGGACCCCCCGGCCGAAGACAUGCUGGUGGCCAUCCGGCGUGGGGUGCGCCUGCGCAGGACCGUCACCAAUGACAGGUCGGCCCCGCGGAUAUCGUGAUGACGCCCGGCCAGCGGGGACGUGCCCGCCCUGGCCGAUGGACCCCCAGGGCAACAGCUGCCCCUCCCUGGGAGCCCCCACCCGCCGGCACCCGCUGCCCUGCCCCUCCCUGGUGCCCUCUGUUUCCUGCCCCUCUGGCUCCUCCUGCCCUGCCCUCUCCCUACAUCCCUCCUUCACUUGCCCUCUUUCUGCUCUUUUUCUCGCUUUCUCCUUUUUCCUAUUUUUUCUGCUUUUUUCCUUUGUUCUUUUAUGUCGCUUUUCCUUUUCUUAUUUUCUUCAUUCUCCCAUUUUUCUUCUCUUCCUCCUUUUCUUUCCCUUUCUUUUUAACUCUUUUCCUUUCUUUUUCUCCUCCCUUCUAUUUUCCUCUUUUUUUUCCUUUCCUUUUUUUUCAGCUCUUUCCCUUUGUUUCUCUUUUCCUUUUCCCCUCUCGCUUUCCCUCUCUCUGUUUUCUUUCCCCCGGGGCAGGCAGGUGGCCCCAGCCGCAGCAGGAGAGGACGGUGCCAGCAGGGCUGUGGCAGCCACGGAGCACCGGGAGCACCAGGAGUGGGGGCCCCUGGUCCCAGUCCCCCCAGCUGCCUGCUUGGGGCCGGCACAGCUCAGCCUCAUUCCGGGGAGCAGAAGAAAUGGGCUGGAGGUGCAGGGGGGGGAAGAAGA